UUGCCUCCGUCACUAUCAGGAUCUGGUUGUCCGAUAUGGCCUGGAGAUUUUGAGUUACUAUAUAAGUAUGAAACAUAUAAUAACAGCUACAAAGAAUCACUAUCAGGAUCUGGUUGUCCGAUAUGGCCUGGAGAUUUUGAGUUACUAUAUAAGUAUGAAACAUAUAAUAACAGCUACAAAGAAUCACUAUCAGGAUCUGGUUGUCCGAUAUGGCCUGGAGAUUUUGAGUUACUAUAUAAGUAUGAAACAUAUAAUAACAGCUACAAAGAAUCACUAUCAGGAUCUGGUUGUCCGAUAUGGCCUGGAGAUUUUGAGUUACUAUAUAAGUAUGAAACAUAUAAUAACAGCUACAAAGAAUCACUAUCAGGAUCUGGUUGUCCGAUAUGGCCUGGAGAUUUUGAGUUACUAUAUAAGUAUGAAACAUAUAAUAACAGCUACAAAGAAUCACUAUCAGGAUCUGGUUGUCCGAUAUGGCCUGGAGAUUUUGAGUUACUAUAUAAGUAUGAAACAUAUAAUAACAGCUACAAAGAAUCACUAUCAGGAUCUGGUUGUCCGAUAUGGCCUGGAGAUUUUGAGUUACUAUAUAAGUAUGAAACAUAUAAUAACAGCUACAAAGAAUCACUAUCAGGAUCUGGUUGUCCGAUAUGGCCUGGAGAUUUUGAGUUACUAUAUAAGUAUGAAACAUAUAAUAACAGCUACAAAGAAUCACUAUCAGGAUCUGGUUGUCCGAUAUGGCCUGGAGAUUUUGAGUUACUAUAUAAGUAUGAAACAUAUAAUAACAGCUACAAAGAAUCACUAUCAGGAUCUGGUUGUCCGAUAUGGCCUGGAGAUUUUGAGUUACUAUAUAAGUAUGAAACAUAUAAUAACAGCUACAAAGAAUCACUAUCAGGAUCUGGUUGUCCGAUAUGGCCUGGAGAUUUUGAGUUACUAUAUAAGUAUGAAACAUAUAAUAACAGCUACAAAGAAUCACUAUCAGGAUCUGGUUGUCCGAUAUGGCCUGGAGAUUUUGAGUUACUAUAUAAGUAUGAAACAUAUAAUAACAGCUACAAAGAAUCACUAUCAGGAUCUGGUUGUCCGAUAUGGCCUGGAGAUUUUGAGUUACUAUAUAAGUAUGAAACAUAUAAUAACAGCUACAAAGAAUCACUAUCAGGAUCUGGUUGUCCGAUAUGGCCUGGAGAUUUUGAGUUACUAUAUAAGUAUGAAACAUAUAAUAACAGCUACAAAGAAUCACUAUCAGGAUCUGGUUGUCCGAUAUGGCCUGGAGAUUUUGAGUUACUAUAUAAGUAUGAAACAUAUAAUAACAGCUACAAAGAAUCACUAUCAGGAUCUGGUUGUCCGAUAUGGCCUGGAGAUUUUGAGUUACUAUAUAAGUAUGAAACAUAUAAUAACAGCUACAAAGAAUCACUAUCAGGAUCUGGUUGUCCGAUAUGGCCUGGAGAUUUUGAGUUACUAUAUAAGUAUGAAACAUAUAAUAACAGCUACAAAGAAUCACUAUCAGGAUCUGGUUGUCCGAUAUGGCCUGGAGAUUUUGAGUUACUAUAUAAGUAUGAAACAUAUAAUAACAGCUACAAAGAAUCACUAUCAGGAUCUGGUUGUCCGAUAUGGCCUGGAGAUUUUGAGUUACUAUAUAAGUAUGAAACAUAUAAUGACAGCUACAAAGAAUCACUAUCAGGAUCUGGUUGUCCGAUAUGGCCUGGAGAUUUUGAGUUACUAUAUAAGUAUGAAACAUAUAAUGACAGCUACAAAGAAUCACUAUCAGGAUCUGGUUGUCCGAUAUGGCCUGGAGAUUUUGAGUUACUAUAUAAGUAUGAAACAUAUAAUGACAGCUACAAAGAAUCACUAUCAGGAUCUGGUUGUCCGAUAUGGCCUGGAGAUUUUGAGUUACUAUAUAAGUAUGAAACAUAUAAUGACAGCUACAAAGAAUCACUAUCAGGAUCUGGUUGUCCGAUAUGGCCUGGAGAUUUUGAGUUACUAUAUAAGUAUGAAACAUAUAAUGACAGCUACAAAGAAUCACUAUCAGGAUCUGGUUGUCCGAUAUGGCCUGGAGAUUUUGAGUUACUAUAUAAGUAUGAAACAUAUAAUGACAGCUACAAAGAAUCACUAUCAGGAUCUGGUUGUCCGAUAUGGCCUGGAGAUUUUGAGUUACUAUAUAAGUAUGAAACAUAUAAUGACAGCUACAAAGAAUCACUAUCAGGAUCUGGUUGUCCGAUAUGGCCUGGAGAUUUUGAGUUACUAUAUAAGUAUGAAACAUAUAAUGACAGCUACAAAGAAUCACUAUCAGGAUCUGGUUGUCCGAUAUGGCCUGGAGAUUUUGAGUUACUAUAUAAGUAUGAAACAUAUAAUGACAGCUACAAAGAAUCACUAUCAGGAUCUGGUUGUCCGAUAUGGCCUGGAGAUUUUGAGUUACUAUAUAAGUAUGAAACAUAUAAUAACAGCUACAAAGAAUCACUAUCAGGAUCUGGUUGUCCGAUAUGGCCUGGAGAUUUUGAGUUACUAUAUAAGUAUGAAACAUAUAAUAACAGCUACAAAGAAUCACUAUCAGGAUCUGGUUGUCCGAUAUGGCCUGGAGAUUUUGAGUUACUAUAUAAGUAUGAAACAUAUAAUAACAGCUACAAAGAAUCACUAUCAGGAUCUGGUUGUCCGAUAUGGCCUGGAGAUUUUGAGUUACUAUAUAAGUAUGAAACAUAUAAUAACAGCUACAAAGAAUCACUAUCAGGAUCUGGUUGUCCGAUAUGGCCUGGAGAUUUUGAGUUACUAUAUAAGUAUGAAACAUAUAAUAACAGCUACAAAGAAUCACUAUCAGGAUCUGGUUGUCCGAUAUGGCCUGGAGAUUUUGAGUUACUAUAUAAGUAUGAAACAUAUAAUAACAGCUACAAAGAAUCACUAUCAGGAUCUGGUUGUCCGAUAUGGCCUGGAGAUUUUGAGUUACUAUAUAAGUAUGAAACAUAUAAUAACAGCUACAAAGAAUCACUAUCAGGAUCUGGUUGUCCGAUAUGGCCUGGAGAUUUUGAGUUACUAUAUAAGUAUGAAACAUAUAAUAACAGCUACAAAGAAUCACUAUCAGGAUCUGGUUGUCCGAUAUGGCCUGGAGAUUUUGAGUUACUAUAUAAGUAUGAAACAUAUAAUAACAGCUACAAAGAAUCACUAUCAGGAUCUGGUUGUCCGAUAUGGCCUGGAGAUUUUGAGUUACUAUAUAAGUAUGAAACAUAUAAUAACAGCUACAAAGAAUCACUAUCAGGAUCUGGUUGUCCGAUAUGGCCUGGAGAUUUUGAGUUACUAUAUAAGUAUGAAACAUAUAAUAACAGCUACAAAGAAUCACUAUCAGGAUCUGGUUGUCCGAUAUGGCCUGGAGAUUUUGAGUUACUAUAUAAGUAUGAAACAUAUAAUAACAGCUACAAAGAAUCACUAUCAGGAUCUGGUUGUCCGAUAUGGCCUGGAGAUUUUGAGUUACUAUAUAAGUAUGAAACAUAUAAUAACAGCUACAAAGAAUCACUAUCAGGAUCUGGUUGUCCGAUAUGGCCUGGAGAUUUUGAGUUACUAUAUAAGUAUGAAACAUAUAAUGACAGCUACAAAGAAUCACUAUCAGGAUCUGGUUGUCCGAUAUGGCCUGGAGAUUUUGAGUUACUAUAUAAGUAUGAAACAUAUAAUGACAGCUACAAAGAAUCACUAUCAGGAUCUGGUUGUCCGAUAUGGCCUGGAGAUUUUGAGUUACUAUAUAAGUAUGAAACAUAUAAUGACAGCUACAAAGAAUCACUAUCAGGAUCUGGUUGUCCGAUAUGGCCUGGAGAUUUUGAGUUACUAUAUAAGUAUGAAACAUAUAAUGACAGCUACAAAGAAUCACUAUCAGGAUCUGGUUGUCCGAUAUGGCCUGGAGAUUUUGAGUUACUAUAUAAGUAUGAAACAUAUAAUGACAGCUACAAAGAAUCACUAUCAGGAUCUGGUUGUCCGAUAUGGCAUGGAGAUUUUGAGUUACUAUAUAAGUAUGAAACAUAUAAUGACAGCUACAAAGAAUCACUAUCAGGAUCUGGUUGUCCGAUAUGGCCUGGAGAUUUUGAGUUACUAUAUAAGUAUGAAACAUAUAAUGACAGCUACAAAGAAUCACUAUCAGGAUCUGGUUGUCCGAUAUGGCCUGGAGAUUUUGAGUUACUAUAUAAGUAUGAAACAUAUAAUAACAGCUACAAAGAAUCACUAUCAGGAUCUGGUUGUCCGAUAUGGCCUGGAGAUUUUGAGUUACUAUAUAAGUAUGAAACAUAUAAUAACAGCUACAAAGAAUCACUAUCAGGAUCUGGUUGUCCGAUAUGGCAUGGAGAUUUUGAGUUACUAUAUAAGUAUGAAACAUAUAAUAACAGCUACAAAGAAUCACUAUCAGGAUCUGGUUGUCCGAUAUGGCCUGGAGAUUUUGAGUUACUAUAUAAGUAUGAAACAUAUAAUAACAGCUACAAAGAAUCACUAUCAGGAUCUGGUUGUCCGAUAUGGCCUGGAGAUUUUGAGUUACUAUAUAAGUAUGAAACAUAUAAUAACAGCUACAAAGAAUCACUAUCAGGAUCUGGUUGUCCGAUAUGGCCUGGAGAUUUUGAGUUACUAUAUAAGUAUGAAACAUAUAAUAACAGCUACAAAGAAUCACUAUCAGGAUCUGGUUGUCCGAUAUGGCCUGGAGAUUUUGAGUUACUAUAUAAGUAUGAAACAUAUAAUAACAGCUACAAAGAAUCACUAUCAGGAUCUGGUUGUCCGAUAUGGCCUGGAGAUUUUGAGUUACUAUAUAAGUAUGAAACAUAUAAUAACAGCUACAAAGAAUCACUAUCAGGAUCUGGUUGUCCGAUAUGGCCUGGAGAUUUUGAGUUACUAUAUAAGUAUGAAACAUAUAAUAACAGCUACAAAGAAUCACUAUCAGGAUCUGGUUGUCCGAUAUGGCCUGGAGAUUUUGAGUUACUAUAUAAGUAUGAAACAUAUAAUAACAGCUACAAAGAAUCACUAUCAGGAUCUGGUUGUCCGAUAUGGCCUGGAGAUUUUGAGUUACUAUAUAAGUAUGAAACAUAUAAUAACAGCUACAAAGAAUCACUAUCAGGAUCUGGUUGUCCGAUAUGGCCUGGAGAUUUUGAGUUACUAUAUAAGUAUGAAACAUAUAAUAACAGCUACAAAGAAUCACUAUCAGGAUCUGGUUGUCCGAUAUGGCCUGGAGAUUUUGAGUUACUAUAUAAGUAUGAAACAUAUAAUAACAGCUACAAAGAAUCACUAUCAGGAUCUGGUUGUCCGAUAUGGCCUGGAGAUUUUGAGUUACUAUAUAAGUAUGAAACAUAUAAUAACAGCUACAAAGAAUCACUAUCAGGAUCUGGUUGUCCGAUAUGGCCUGGAGAUUUUGAGUUACUAUAUAAGUAUGAAACAUAUAAUGACAGCUACAAAGAAUCACUAUCAGGAUCUGGUUGUCCGAUAUGGCCUGGAGAUUUUGAGUUACUAUAUAAGUAUGAAACAUAUAAUGACAGCUACAAAGAAUCACUAUCAGGAUCUGGUUGUCCGAUAUGGCCUGGAGAUUUUGAGUUACUAUAUAAGUAUGAAACAUAUAAUGACAGCUACAAAGAAUCACUAUCAGGAUCUGGUUGUCCGAUAUGGCCUGGAGAUUUUGAGUUACUAUAUAACUACAAAGAAUCACUAUCAGGAUCUGGUUGUCCGAUAUGGCCUGGAGAUUUUGAGUUACUAUAUAAGUAUGAAACAUAUAAUAACAGCUACAAAGAAUCACUAUCAGGAUCUGGUUGUCCGAUAUGGCCUGGAGAUUUUGAGUUACUAUAUAAGUAUGAAACAUAUAAUAACAGCUACAAAGAAUCACUAUCAGGAUCUGGUUGUCCGAUAUGGCCUGGAGAUUUUGAGUUACUAUAUAAGUAUGAAACAUAUAAUAACAGCUACAAAGAAUCACUAUCAGGAUCUGGUUGUCCGAUAUGGCCUGGAGAUUUUGAGUUACUAUAUAAGUAUGAAACAUAUAAUAACAGCUACAAAGAAUCACUAUCAGGAUCUGGUUGUCCGAUAUGGCCUGGAGAUUUUGAGUUACUAUAUAAGUAUGAAACAUAUAAUAACAGCUACAAAGAAUCACUAUCAGGAUCUGGUUGUCCGAUAUGGCCUGGAGAUUUUGAGUUACUAUAUAAGUAUGAAACAUAUAAUAACAGCUACAAAGAAUCACUAUCAGGAUCUGGUUGUCCGAUAUGGCCUGGAGAUUUUGAGUUACUAUAUAAGUAUGAAACAUAUAAUAACAGCUACAAAGAAUCACUAUCAGGAUCUGGUUGUCCGAUAUGGCCUGGAGAUUUUGAGUUACUAUAUAAGUAUGAAACAUAUAAUAACAGCUACAAAGAAUCACUAUCAGGAUCUGGUUGUCCGAUAUGGCCUGGAGAUUUUGAGUUACUAUAUAAGUAUGAAACAUAUAAUAACAGCUACAAAGAAUCACUAUCAGGAUCUGGUUGUCCGAUAUGGCCUGGAGAUUUUGAGUUACUAUAUAAGUAUGAAACAUAUAAUAACAGCUACAAAGAAUCACUAUCAGGAUCUGGUUGUCCGAUAUGGCCUGGAGAUUUUGAGUUACUAUAUAAGUAUGAAACAUAUAAUAACAGCUACAAAGAAUCACUAUCAGGAUCUGGUUGUCCGAUAUGGCCUGGAGAUUUUGAGUUACUAUAUAAGUAUGAAACAUAUAAUAACAGCUACAAAGAAUCACUAUCAGGAUCUGGUUGUCCGAUAUGGCCUGGAGAUUUUGAGUUACUAUAUAAGUAUGAAACAUAUAAUAACAGCUACAAAGAAUCACUAUCAGGAUCUGGUUGUCCGAUAUGGCCUGGAGAUUUUGAGUUACUAUAUAAGUAUGAAACAUAUAAUAACAGCUACAAAGAAUCACUAUCAGGAUCUGGUUGUCCGAUAUGGCCUGGAGAUUUUGAGUUACUAUAUAAGUAUGAAACAUAUAAUGACAGCUACAAAGAAUCACUAUCAGGAUCUGGUUGUCCGAUAUGGCCUGGAGAUUUUGAGUUACUAUAUAAGUAUGAAACAUAUAAUGACAGCUACAAAGAAUCACUAUCAGGAUCUGGUUGUCCGAUAUGGCCUGGAGAUUUUGAGUUACUAUAUAAGUAUGAAACAUAUAAUGACAGCUACAAAGAAUCACUAUCAGGAUCUGGUUGUCCGAUAUGGCCUGGAGAUUUUGAGUUACUAUAUAAGUAUGAAACAUAUAAUGACAGCUACAAAGAAUCACUAUCAGGAUCUGGUUGUCCGAUAUGGCCUGGAGAUUUUGAGUUACUAUAUAAGUAUGAAACAUAUAAUGACAGCUACAAAGAAUCACUAUCAGGAUCUGGUUGUCCGAUAUGGCCUGGAGAUUUUGAGUUACUAUAUAAGUAUGAAACAUAUAAUGACAGCUACAAAGAAUCACUAUCAGGAUCUGGUUGUCCGAUAUGGCCUGGAGAUUUUGAGUUACUAUAUAAGUAUGAAACAUAUAAUGACAGCUACAAAGAAUCACUAUCAGGAUCUGGUUGUCCGAUAUGGCCUGGAGAUUUUGAGUUACUAUAUAAGUAUGAAACAUAUAAUGACAGCUACAAAGAAUCACUAUCAGGAUCUGGUUGUCCGAUAUGGCCUGGAGAUUUUGAGUUACUAUAUAAGUAUGAAACAUAUAAUGACAGCUACAAAGAAUCACUAUCAGGAUCUGGUUGUCCGAUAUGGCCUGGAGAUUUUGAGUUACUAUAUAAGUAUGAAACAUAUAAUGACAGCUACAAAGAAUCACUAUCAGGAUCUGGUUGUCCGAUAUGGCCUGGAGAUUUUGAGUUACUAUAUAAGUAUGAAACAUAUAAUGACAGCUACAAAGAAUCACUAUCAGGAUCUGGUUGUCCGAUAUGGCCUGGAGAUUUUGAGUUACUAUAUAAGUAUGAAACAUAUAAUGACAGCUACAAAGAAUCACUAUCAGGAUCUGGUUGUCCGAUAUGGCAUGGAGAUUUUGAGUUACUAUAUAAGUAUGAAACAUAUAAUGACAGCUACAAAGAAUCACUAUCAGGAUCUGGUUGUCCGAUAUGGCCUGGAGAUUUUGAGUUACUAUAUAAGUAUGAAACAUAUAAUGACAGCUACAAAGAAUCACUAUCAGGAUCUGGUUGUCCGAUAUGGCCUGGAGAUUUUGAGUUACUAUAUAAGUAUGAAACAUAUAAUAACAGCUACAAAGAAUCACUAUCAGGAUCUGGUUGUCCGAUAUGGCCUGGAGAUUUUGAGUUACUAUAUAAGUAUGAAACAUAUAAUAACAGCUACAAAGAAUCACUAUCAGGAUCUGGUUGUCCGAUAUGGCCUGGAGAUUUUGAGUUACUAUAUAAGUAUGAAACAUAUAAUAACAGCUACAAAGAAUCACUAUCAGGAUCUGGUUGUCCGAUAUGGCCUGGAGAUUUUGAGUUACUAUAUAAGUAUGAAACAUAUAAUAACAGCUACAAAGAAUCACUAUCAGGAUCUGGUUGUCCGAUAUGGCCUGGAGAUUUUGAGUUACUAUAUAAGUAUGAAACAUAUAAUAACAGCUACAAAGAAUCACUAUCAGGAUCUGGUUGUCCGAUAUGGCCUGGAGAUUUUGAGUUACUAUAUAAGUAUGAAACAUAUAAUAACAGCUACAAAGAAUCACUAUCAGGAUCUGGUUGUCCGAUAUGGCCUGGAGAUUUUGAGUUACUAUAUAAGUAUGAAACAUAUAAUAACAGCUACAAAGAAUCACUAUCAGGAUCUGGUUGUCCGAUAUGGCCUGGAGAUUUUGAGUUACUAUAUAAGUAUGAAACAUAUAAUAACAGCUACAAAGAAUCACUAUCAGGAUCUGGUUGUCCGAUAUGGCCUGGAGAUUUUGAGUUACUAUAUAAGUAUGAAACAUAUAAUAACAGCUACAAAGAAUCACUAUCAGGAUCUGGUUGUCCGAUAUGGCCUGGAGAUUUUGAGUUACUAUAUAAGUAUGAAACAUAUAAUAACAGCUACAAAGAAUCACUAUCAGGAUCUGGUUGUCCGAUAUGGCCUGGAGAUUUUGAGUUACUAUAUAAGUAUGAAACAUAUAAUAACAGCUACAAAGAAUCACUAUCAGGAUCUGGUUGUCCGAUAUGGCCUGGAGAUUUUGAGUUACUAUAUAAGUAUGAAACAUAUAAUAACAGCUACAAAGAAUCACUAUCAGGAUCUGGUUGUCCGAUAUGGCCUGGAGAUUUUGAGUUACUAUAUAAGUAUGAAACAUAUAAUAACAGCUACAAAGAAUCACUAUCAGGAUCUGGUUGUCCGAUAUGGCCUGGAGAUUUUGAGUUACUAUAUAAGUAUGAAACAUAUAAUAACAGCUACAAAGAAUCACUAUCAGGAUCUGGUUGUCCGAUAUGGCCUGGAGAUUUUGAGUUACUAUAUAAGUAUGAAACAUAUAAUAACAGCUACAAAGAAUCACUAUCAGGAUCUGGUUGUCCGAUAUGGCCUGGAGAUUUUGAGUUACUAUAUAAGUAUGAAACAUAUAAUAACAGCUACAAAGAAUCACUAUCAGGAUCUGGUUGUCCGAUAUGGCCUGGAGAUUUUGAGUUACUAUAUAAGUAUGAAACAUAUAAUAACAGCUACAAAGAAUCACUAUCAGGAUCUGGUUGUCCGAUAUGGCCUGGAGAUUUUGAGUUACUAUAUAAGUAUGAAACAUAUAAUAACAGCUACAAAGAAUCACUAUCAGGAUCUGGUUGUCCGAUAUGGCCUGGAGAUUUUGAGUUACUAUAUAAGUAUGAAACAUAUAAUAACAGCUACAAAGAAUCACUAUCAGGAUCUGGUUGUCCGAUAUGGCCUGGAGAUUUUGAGUUACUAUAUAAGUAUGAAACAUAUAAUAACAGCUACAAAGAAUCACUAUCAGGAUCUGGUUGUCCGAUAUGGCCUGGAGAUUUUGAGUUACUAUAUAAGUAUGAAACAUAUAAUAACAGCUACAAAGAAUCACUAUCAGGAUCUGGUUGUCCGAUAUGGCCUGGAGAUUUUGAGUUACUAUAUAAGUAUGAAACAUAUAAUAACAGCUACAAAGAAUCACUAUCAGGAUCUGGUUGUCCGAUAUGGCCUGGAGAUUUUGAGUUACUAUAUAAGUAUGAAACAUAUAAUAACAGCUACAAAGAAUCACUAUCAGGAUCUGGUUGUCCGAUAUGGCCUGGAGAUUUUGAGUUACUAUAUAAGUAUGAAACAUAUAAUAACAGCUACAAAGAAUCACUAUCAGGAUCUGGUUGUCCGAUAUGGCCUGGAGAUUUUGAGUUACUAUAUAAGUAUGAAACAUAUAAUAACAGCUACAAAGAAUCACUAUCAGGAUCUGGUUGUCCGAUAUGGCCUGGAGAUUUUGAGUUACUAUAUAAGUAUGAAACAUAUAAUAACAGCUACAAAGAAUCACUAUCAGGAUCUGGUUGUCCGAUAUGGCCUGGAGAUUUUGAGUUACUAUAUAAGUAUGAAACAUAUAAUAACAGCUACAAAGAAUCACUAUCAGGAUCUGGUUGUCCGAUAUGGCCUGGAGAUUUUGAGUUACUAUAUAAGUAUGAAACAUAUAAUAACAGCUACAAAGAAUCACUAUCAGGAUCUGGUUGUCCGAUAUGGCCUGGAGAUUUUGAGUUACUAUAUAAGUAUGAAACAUAUAAUAACAGCUACAAAGAAUCACUAUCAGGAUCUGGUUGUCCGAUAUGGCCUGGAGAUUUUGAGUUACUAUAUAAGUAUGAAACAUAUAAUAACAGCUACAAAGAAUCACUAUCAGGAUCUGGUUGUCCGAUAUGGCCUGGAGAUUUUGAGUUACUAUAUAAGUAUGAAACAUAUAAUAACAGCUACAAAGAAUCACUAUCAGGAUCUGGUUGUCCGAUAUGGCCUGGAGAUUUUGAGUUACUAUAUAAGUAUGAAACAUAUAAUAACAGCUACAAAGAAUCACUAUCAGGAUCUGGUUGUCCGAUAUGGCCUGGAGAUUUUGAGUUACUAUAUAAGUAUGAAACAUAUAAUAACAGCUACAAAGAAUCACUAUCAGGAUCUGGUUGUCCGAUAUGGCCUGGAGAUUUUGAGUUACUAUAUAAGUAUGAAACAUAUAAUAACAGCUACAAAGAAUCACUAUCAGGAUCUGGUUGUCCGAUAUGGCCUGGAGAUUUUGAGUUACUAUAUAAGUAUGAAACAUAUAAUAACAGCUACAAAGAAUCACUAUCAGGAUCUGGUUGUCCGAUAUGGCCUGGAGAUUUUGAGUUACUAUAUAAGUAUGAAACAUAUAAUAACAGCUACAAAGAAUCACUAUCAGGAUCUGGUUGUCCGAUAUGGCCUGGAGAUUUUGAGUUACUAUAUAAGUAUGAAACAUAUAAUGACAGCUACAAAGAAUCACUAUCAGGAUCUGGUUGUCCGAUAUGGCCUGGAGAUUUUGAGUUACUAUAUAAGUAUGAAACAUAUAAUGACAGCUACAAAGAAUCACUAUCAGGAUCUGGUUGUCCGAUAUGGCCUGGAGAUUUUGAGUUACUAUAUAAGUAUGAAACAUAUAAUGACAGCUACAAAGAAUCACUAUCAGGAUCUGGUUGUCCGAUAUGGCCUGGAGAUUUUGAGUUACUAUAUAAGUAUGAAACAUAUAAUAACAGCUACAAAGAAUCACUAUCAGGAUCUGGUUGUCCGAUAUGGCCUGGAGAUUUUGAGUUACUAUAUAAGUAUGAAACAUAUAAUAACAGCUACAAAGAAUCACUAUCAGGAUCUGGUUGUCCGAUAUGGCCUGGAGAUUUUGAGUUACUAUAUAAGUAUGAAACAUAUAAUAACAGCUACAAAGAAUCACUAUCAGGAUCUGGUUGUCCGAUAUGGCCUGGAGAUUUUGAGUUACUAUAUAAGUAUGAAACAUAUAAUAACAGCUACAAAGAAUCACUAUCAGGAUCUGGUUGUCCGAUAUGGCCUGGAGAUUUUGAGUUACUAUAUAAGUAUGAAACAUAUAAUAACAGCUACAAAGAAUCACUAUCAGGAUCUGGUUGUCCGAUAUGGCCUGGAGAUUUUGAGUUACUAUAUAAGUAUGAAACAUAUAAUAACAGCUACAAAGAAUCACUAUCAGGAUCUGGUUGUCCGAUAUGGCCUGGAGAUUUUGAGUUACUAUAUAAGUAUGAAACAUAUAAUAACAGCUACAAAGAAUCACUAUCAGGAUCUGGUUGUCCGAUAUGGCCUGGAGAUUUUGAGUUACUAUAUAAGUAUGAAACAUAUAAUAACAGCUACAAAGAAUCACUAUCAGGAUCUGGUUGUCCGAUAUGGCCUGGAGAUUUUGAGUUACUAUAUAAGUAUGAAACAUAUAAUAACAGCUACAAAGAAUCACUAUCAGGAUCUGGUUGUCCGAUAUGGCCUGGAGAUUUUGAGUUACUAUAUAAGUAUGAAACAUAUAAUAACAGCUACAAAGAAUCACUAUCAGGAUCUGGUUGUCCGAUAUGGCCUGGAGAUUUUGAGUUACUAUAUAAGUAUGAAACAUAUAAUAACAGCUACAAAGAAUCACUAUCAGGAUCUGGUUGUCCGAUAUGGCCUGGAGAUUUUGAGUUACUAUAUAAGUAUGAAACAUAUAAUAACAGCUACAAAGAAUCACUAUCAGGAUCUGGUUGUCCGAUAUGGCCUGGAGAUUUUGAGUUACUAUAUAAGUAUGAAACAUAUAAUGACAGCUACAAAGAAUCACUAUCAGGAUCUGGUUGUCCGAUAUGGCCUGGAGAUUUUGAGUUACUAUAUAAGUAUGAAACAUAUAAUGACAGCUACAAAGAAUCACUAUCAGGAUCUGGUUGUCCGAUAUGGCCUGGAGAUUUUGAGUUACUAUAUAAGUAUGAAACAUAUAAUGACAGCUACAAAGAAUCACUAUCAGGAUCUGGUUGUCCGAUAUGGCCUGGAGAUUUUGAGUUACUAUAUAAGUAUGAAACAUAUAAUAACAGCUACAAAGAAUCACUAUCAGGAUCUGGUUGUCCGAUAUGGCCUGGAGAUUUUGAGUUACUAUAUAAGUAUGAAACAUAUAAUAACAGCUACAAAGAAUCACUAUCAGGAUCUGGUUGUCCGAUAUGGCCUGGAGAUUUUGAGUUACUAUAUAAGUAUGAAACAUAUAAUAACAGCUACAAAGAAUCACUAUCAGGAUCUGGUUGUCCGAUAUGGCCUGGAGAUUUUGAGUUACUAUAUAAGUAUGAAACAUAUAAUAACAGCUACAAAGAAUCACUAUCAGGAUCUGGUUGUCCGAUAUGGCCUGGAGAUUUUGAGUUACUAUAUAAGUAUGAAACAUAUAAUAACAGCUACAAAGAAUCACUAUCAGGAUCUGGUUGUCCGAUAUGGCCUGGAGAUUUUGAGUUACUAUAUAAGUAUGAAACAUAUAAUAACAGCUACAAAGAAUCACUAUCAGGAUCUGGUUGUCCGAUAUGGCCUGGAGAUUUUGAGUUACUAUAUAAGUAUGAAACAUAUAAUAACAGCUACAAAGAAUCACUAUCAGGAUCUGGUUGUCCGAUAUGGCCUGGAGAUUUUGAGUUACUAUAUAAGUAUGAAACAUAUAAUAACAGCUACAAAGAAUCACUAUCAGGAUCUGGUUGUCCGAUAUGGCCUGGAGAUUUUGAGUUACUAUAUAAGUAUGAAACAUAUAAUAACAGCUACAAAGAAUCACUAUCAGGAUCUGGUUGUCCGAUAUGGCCUGGAGAUUUUGAGUUACUAUAUAAGUAUGAAACAUAUAAUAACAGCUACAAAGAAUCACUAUCAGGAUCUGGUUGUCCGAUAUGGCCUGGAGAUUUUGAGUUACUAUAUAAGUAUGAAACAUAUAAUAACAGCUACAAAGAAUCACUAUCAGGAUCUGGUUGUCCGAUAUGGCCUGGAGAUUUUGAGUUACUAUAUAAGUAUGAAACAUAUAAUAACAGCUACAAAGAAUCACUAUCAGGAUCUGGUUGUCCGAUAUGGCCUGGAGAUUUUGAGUUACUAUAUAAGUAUGAAACAUAUAAUGACAGCUACAAAGAAUCACUAUCAGGAUCUGGUUGUCCGAUAUGGCCUGGAGAUUUUGAGUUACUAUAUAAGUAUGAAACAUAUAAUGACAGCUACAAAGAAUCACUAUCAGGAUCUGGUUGUCCGAUAUGGCCUGGAGAUUUUGAGUUACUAUAUAAGUAUGAAACAUAUAAUGACAGCUACAAAGAAUCACUAUCAGGAUCUGGUUGUCCGAUAUGGCCUGGAGAUUUUGAGUUACUAUAUAAGUAUGAAACAUAUAAUAACAGCUACAAAGAAUCACUAUCAGGAUCUGGUUGUCCGAUAUGGCCUGGAGAUUUUGAGUUACUAUAUAAGUAUGAAACAUAUAAUAACAGCUACAAAGAAUCACUAUCAGGAUCUGGUUGUCCGAUAUGGCCUGGAGAUUUUGAGUUACUAUAUAAGUAUGAAACAUAUAAUAACAGCUACAAAGAAUCACUAUCAGGAUCUGGUUGUCCGAUAUGGCCUGGAGAUUUUGAGUUACUAUAUAAGUAUGAAACAUAUAAUAACAGCUACAAAGAAUCACUAUCAGGAUCUGGUUGUCCGAUAUGGCCUGGAGAUUUUGAGUUACUAUAUAAGUAUGAAACAUAUAAUAACAGCUACAAAGAAUCACUAUCAGGAUCUGGUUGUCCGAUAUGGCCUGGAGAUUUUGAGUUACUAUAUAAGUAUGAAACAUAUAAUAACAGCUACAAAGAAUCACUAUCAGGAUCUGGUUGUCCGAUAUGGCCUGGAGAUUUUGAGUUACUAUAUAAGUAUGAAACAUAUAAUAACAGCUACAAAGAAUCACUAUCAGGAUCUGGUUGUCCGAUAUGGCCUGGAGAUUUUGAGUUACUAUAUAAGUAUGAAACAUAUAAUAACAGCUACAAAGAAUCACUAUCAGGAUCUGGUUGUCCGAUAUGGCCUGGAGAUUUUGAGUUACUAUAUAAGUAUGAAACAUAUAAUAACAGCUACAAAGAAUCACUAUCAGGAUCUGGUUGUCCGAUAUGGCCUGGAGAUUUUGAGUUACUAUAUAAGUAUGAAACAUAUAAUAACAGCUACAAAGAAUCACUAUCAGGAUCUGGUUGUCCGAUAUGGCCUGGAGAUUUUGAGUUACUAUAUAAGUAUGAAACAUAUAAUAACAGCUACAAAGAAUCACUAUCAGGAUCUGGUUGUCCGAUAUGGCCUGGAGAUUUUGAGUUACUAUAUAAGUAUGAAACAUAUAAUAACAGCUACAAAGAAUCACUAUCAGGAUCUGGUUGUCCGAUAUGGCCUGGAGAUUUUGAGUUACUAUAUAAGUAUGAAACAUAUAAUGACAGCUACAAAGAAUCACUAUCAGGAUCUGGUUGUCCGAUAUGGCCUGGAGAUUUUGAGUUACUAUAUAAGUAUGAAACAUAUAAUGACAGCUACAAAGAAUCACUAUCAGGAUCUGGUUGUCCGAUAUGGCCUGGAGAUUUUGAGUUACUAUAUAAGUAUGAAACAUAUAAUGACAGCUACAAAGAAUCACUAUCAGGAUCUGGUUGUCCGAUAUGGCCUGGAGAUUUUGAGUUACUAUAUAAGUAUGAAACAUAUAAUAACAGCUACAAAGAAUCACUAUCAGGAUCUGGUUGUCCGAUAUGGCCUGGAGAUUUUGAGUUACUAUAUAAGUAUGAAACAUAUAAUAACAGCUACAAAGAAUCACUAUCAGGAUCUGGUUGUCCGAUAUGGCCUGGAGAUUUUGAGUUACUAUAUAAGUAUGAAACAUAUAAUAACAGCUACAAAGAAUCACUAUCAGGAUCUGGUUGUCCGAUAUGGCCUGGAGAUUUUGAGUUACUAUAUAAGUAUGAAACAUAUAAUAACAGCUACAAAGAAUCACUAUCAGGAUCUGGUUGUCCGAUAUGGCCUGGAGAUUUUGAGUUACUAUAUAAGUAUGAAACAUAUAAUAACAGCUACAAAGAAUCACUAUCAGGAUCUGGUUGUCCGAUAUGGCCUGGAGAUUUUGAGUUACUAUAUAAGUAUGAAACAUAUAAUAACAGCUACAAAGAAUCACUAUCAGGAUCUGGUUGUCCGAUAUGGCCUGGAGAUUUUGAGUUACUAUAUAAGUAUGAAACAUAUAAUAACAGCUACAAAGAAUCACUAUCAGGAUCUGGUUGUCCGAUAUGGCCUGGAGAUUUUGAGUUACUAUAUAAGUAUGAAACAUAUAAUAACAGCUACAAAGAAUCACUAUCAGGAUCUGGUUGUCCGAUAUGGCCUGGAGAUUUUGAGUUACUAUAUAAGUAUGAAACAUAUAAUAACAGCUACAAAGAAUCACUAUCAGGAUCUGGUUGUCCGAUAUGGCCUGGAGAUUUUGAGUUACUAUAUAAGUAUGAAACAUAUAAUAACAGCUACAAAGAAUCACUAUCAGGAUCUGGUUGUCCGAUAUGGCCUGGAGAUUUUGAGUUACUAUAUAAGUAUGAAACAUAUAAUAACAGCUACAAAGAAUCACUAUCAGGAUCUGGUUGUCCGAUAUGGCCUGGAGAUUUUGAGUUACUAUAUAAGUAUGAAACAUAUAAUGACAGCUACAAAGAAUCACUAUCAGGAUCUGGUUGUCCGAUAUGGCCUGGAGAUUUUGAGUUACUAUAUAAGUAUGAAACAUAUAAUGACAGCUACAAAGAAUCACUAUCAGGAUCUGGUUGUCCGAUAUGGCCUGGAGAUUUUGAGUUACUAUAUAAGUAUGAAACAUAUAAUAACAGCUACAAAGAAUCACUAUCAGGAUCUGGUUGUCCGAUAUGGCCUGGAGAUUUUGAGUUACUAUAUAAGUAUGAAACAUAUAAUAACAGCUACAAAGAAUCACUAUCAGGAUCUGGUUGUCCGAUAUGGCCUGGAGAUUUUGAGUUACUAUAUAAGUAUGAAACAUAUAAUAACAGCUACAAAGAAUCACUAUCAGGAUCUGGUUGUCCGAUAUGGCCUGGAGAUUUUGAGUUACUAUAUAAGUAUGAAACAUAUAAUAACAGCUACAAAGAAUCACUAUCAGGAUCUGGUUGUCCGAUAUGGCCUGGAGAUUUUGAGUUACUAUAUAAGUAUGAAACAUAUAAUAACAGCUACAAAGAAUCACUAUCAGGAUCUGGUUGUCCGAUAUGGCCUGGAGAUUUUGAGUUACUAUAUAAGUAUGAAACAUAUAAUAACAGCUACAAAGAAUCACUAUCAGGAUCUGGUUGUCCGAUAUGGCCUGGAGAUUUUGAGUUACUAUAUAAGUAUGAAACAUAUAAUAACAGCUACAAAGAAUCACUAUCAGGAUCUGGUUGUCCGAUAUGGCCUGGAGAUUUUGAGUUACUAUAUAAGUAUGAAACAUAUAAUAACAGCUACAAAGAAUCACUAUCAGGAUCUGGUUGUCCGAUAUGGCCUGGAGAUUUUGAGUUACUAUAUAAGUAUGAAACAUAUAAUAACAGCUACAAAGAAUCACUAUCAGGAUCUGGUUGUCCGAUAUGGCCUGGAGAUUUUGAGUUACUAUAUAAGUAUGAAACAUAUAAUAACAGCUACAAAGAAUCACUAUCAGGAUCUGGUUGUCCGAUAUGGCCUGGAGAUUUUGAGUUACUAUAUAAGUAUGAAACAUAUAAUAACAGCUACAAAGAAUCACUAUCAGGAUCUGGUUGUCCGAUAUGGCCUGGAGAUUUUGAGUUACUAUAUAAGUAUGAAACAUAUAAUGACAGCUACAAAGAAUCACUAUCAGGAUCUGGUUGUCCGAUAUGGCCUGGAGAUUUUGAGUUACUAUAUAAGUAUGAAACAUAUAAUGACAGCUACAAAGAAUCACUAUCAGGAUCUGGUUGUCCGAUAUGGCCUGGAGAUUUUGAGUUACUAUAUAAGUAUGAAACAUAUAAUGACAGCUACAAAGAAUCACUAUCAGGAUCUGGUUGUCCGAUAUGGCCUGGAGAUUUUGAGUUACUAUAUAAGUAUGAAACAUAUAAUGACAGCUACAAAGAAUCACUAUCAGGAUCUGGUUGUCCGAUAUGGCCUGGAGAUUUUGAGUUACUAUAUAAGUAUGAAACAUAUAAUAACAGCUACAAAGAAUCACUAUCAGGAUCUGGUUGUCCGAUAUGGCCUGGAGAUUUUGAGUUACUAUAUAAGUAUGAAACAUAUAAUAACAGCUACAAAGAAUCACUAUCAGGAUCUGGUUGUCCGAUAUGGCCUGGAGAUUUUGAGUUACUAUAUAAGUAUGAAACAUAUAAUAACAGCUACAAAGAAUCACUAUCAGGAUCUGGUUGUCCGAUAUGGCCUGGAGAUUUUGAGUUACUAUAUAAGUAUGAAACAUAUAAUAACAGCUACAAAGAAUCACUAUCAGGAUCUGGUUGUCCGAUAUGGCCUGGAGAUUUUGAGUUACUAUAUAAGUAUGAAACAUAUAAUAACAGCUACAAAGAAUCACUAUCAGGAUCUGGUUGUCCGAUAUGGCCUGGAGAUUUUGAGUUACUAUAUAAGUAUGAAACAUAUAAUAACAGCUACAAAGAAUCACUAUCAGGAUCUGGUUGUCCGAUAUGGCCUGGAGAUUUUGAGUUACUAUAUAAGUAUGAAACAUAUAAUGACAGCUACAAAGAAUCACUAUCAGGAUCUGGUUGUCCGAUAUGGCCUGGAGAUUUUGAGUUACUAUAUAAGUAUGAAACAUAUAAUAACAGCUACAAAGAAUCACUAUCAGGAUCUGGUUGUCCGAUAUGGCCUGGAGAUUUUGAGUUACUAUAUAAGUAUGAAACAUAUAAUAACAGCUACAAAGAAUCACUAUCAGGAUCUGGUUGUCCGAUAUGGCCUGGAGAUUUUGAGUUACUAUAUAAGUAUGAAACAUAUAAUAACAGCUACAAAGAAUCACUAUCAGGAUCUGGUUGUCCGAUAUGGCCUGGAGAUUUUGAGUUACUAUAUAAGUAUGAAACAUAUAAUAACAGCUACAAAGAAUCACUAUCAGGAUCUGGUUGUCCGAUAUGGCCUGGAGAUUUUGAGUUACUAUAUAAGUAUGAAACAUAUAAUAACAGCUACAAAGAAUCACUAUCAGGAUCUGGUUGUCCGAUAUGGCCUGGAGAUUUUGAGUUACUAUAUAAGUAUGAAACAUAUAAUGACAGCUACAAAGAAUCACUAUCAGGAUCUGGUUGUCCGAUAUGGCCUGGAGAUUUUGAGUUACUAUAUAAGUAUGAAACAUAUAAUGACAGCUACAAAGAAUCACUAUCAGGAUCUGGUUGUCCGAUAUGGCCUGGAGAUUUUGAGUUACUAUAUAAGUAUGAAACAUAUAAUGACAGCUACAAAGAAUCACUAUCAGGAUCUGGUUGUCCGAUAUGGCCUGGAGAUUUUGAGUUACUAUAUAAGUAUGAAACAUAUAAUAACAGCUACAAAGAAUCACUAUCAGGAUCUGGUUGUCCGAUAUGGCCUGGAGAUUUUGAGUUACUAUAUAAGUAUGAAACAUAUAAUAACAGCUACAAAGAAUCACUAUCAGGAUCUGGUUGUCCGAUAUGGCCUGGAGAUUUUGAGUUACUAUAUAAGUAUGAAACAUAUAAUAACAGCUACAAAGAAUCACUAUCAGGAUCUGGUUGUCCGAUAUGGCCUGGAGAUUUUGAGUUACUAUAUAAGUAUGAAACAUAUAAUAACAGCUACAAAGAAUCACUAUCAGGAUCUGGUUGUCCGAUAUGGCCUGGAGAUUUUGAGUUACUAUAUAAGUAUGAAACAUAUAAUAACAGCUACAAAGAAUCACUAUCAGGAUCUGGUUGUCCGAUAUGGCCUGGAGAUUUUGAGUUACUAUAUAAGUAUGAAACAUAUAAUAACAGCUACAAAGAAUCACUAUCAGGAUCUGGUUGUCCGAUAUGGCCUGGAGAUUUUGAGUUACUAUAUAAGUAUGAAACAUAUAAUAACAGCUACAAAGAAUCACUAUCAGGAUCUGGUUGUCCGAUAUGGCCUGGAGAUUUUGAGUUACUAUAUAAGUAUGAAACAUAUAAUAACAGCUACAAAGAAUCACUAUCAGGAUCUGGUUGUCCGAUAUGGCCUGGAGAUUUUGAGUUACUAUAUAAGUAUGAAACAUAUAAUAACAGCUACAAAGAAUCACUAUCAGGAUCUGGUUGUCCGAUAUGGCCUGGAGAUUUUGAGUUACUAUAUAAGUAUGAAACAUAUAAUAACAGCUACAAAGAAUCACUAUCAGGAUCUGGUUGUCCGAUAUGGCCUGGAGAUUUUGAGUUACUAUAUAAGUAUGAAACAUAUAAUAACAGCUACAAAGAAUCACUAUCAGGAUCUGGUUGUCCGAUAUGGCCUGGAGAUUUUGAGUUACUAUAUAAGUAUGAAACAUAUAAUGACAGCUACAAAGAAUCACUAUCAGGAUCUGGUUGUCCGAUAUGGCCUGGAGAUUUUGAGUUACUAUAUAACUACAAAGAAUCACUAUCAGGAUCUGGUUGUCCGAUAUGGCCUGGAGAUUUUGAGUUACUAUAUAAGUAUGAAACAUAUAAUAACAGCUACAAAGAAUCACUAUCAGGAUCUGGUUGUCCGAUAUGGCCUGGAGAUUUUGAGUUACUAUAUAAGUAUGAAACAUAUAAUAACAGCUACAAAGAAUCACUAUCAGGAUCUGGUUGUCCGAUAUGGCCUGGAGAUUUUGAGUUACUAUAUAAGUAUGAAACAUAUAAUAACAGCUACAAAGAAUCACUAUCAGGAUCUGGUUGUCCGAUAUGGCCUGGAGAUUUUGAGUUACUAUAUAAGUAUGAAACAUAUAAUAACAGCUACAAAGAAUCACUAUCAGGAUCUGGUUGUCCGAUAUGGCCUGGAGAUUUUGAGUUACUAUAUAAGUAUGAAACAUAUAAUAACAGCUACAAAGAAUCACUAUCAGGAUCUGGUUGUCCGAUAUGGCCUGGAGAUUUUGAGUUACUAUAUAAGUAUGAAACAUAUAAUAACAGCUACAAAGAAUCACUAUCAGGAUCUGGUUGUCCGAUAUGGCCUGGAGAUUUUGAGUUACUAUAUAAGUAUGAAACAUAUAAUAACAGCUACAAAGAAUCACUAUCAGGAUCUGGUUGUCCGAUAUGGCCUGGAGAUUUUGAGUUACUAUAUAAGUAUGAAACAUAUAAUAACAGCUACAAAGAAUCACUAUCAGGAUCUGGUUGUCCGAUAUGGCCUGGAGAUUUUGAGUUACUAUAUAAGUAUGAAACAUAUAAUAACAGCUACAAAGAAUCACUAUCAGGAUCUGGUUGUCCGAUAUGGCCUGGAGAUUUUGAGUUACUAUAUAAGUAUGAAACAUAUAAUAACAGCUACAAAGAAUCACUAUCAGGAUCUGGUUGUCCGAUAUGGCCUGGAGAUUUUGAGUUACUAUAUAAGUAUGAAACAUAUAAUAACAGCUACAAAGAAUCACUAUCAGGAUCUGGUUGUCCGAUAUGGCCUGGAGAUUUUGAGUUACUAUAUAAGUAUGAAACAUAUAAUAACAGCUACAAAGAAUCACUAUCAGGAUCUGGUUGUCCGAUAUGGCCUGGAGAUUUUGAGUUACUAUAUAAGUAUGAAACAUAUAAUAACAGCUACAAAGAAUCACUAUCAGGAUCUGGUUGUCCGAUAUGGCCUGGAGAUUUUGAGUUACUAUAUAAGUAUGAAACAUAUAAUAACAGCUACAAAGAAUCACUAUCAGGAUCUGGUUGUCCGAUAUGGCCUGGAGAUUUUGAGUUACUAUAUAAGUAUGAAACAUAUAAUAACAGCUACAAAGAAUCACUAUCAGGAUCUGGUUGUCCGAUAUGGCCUGGAGAUUUUGAGUUACUAUAUAAGUAUGAAACAUAUAAUGACAGCUACAAAGAAUCACUAUCAGGAUCUGGUUGUCCGAUAUGGCCUGGAGAUUUUGAGUUACUAUAUAAGUAUGAAACAUAUAAUGACAGCUACAAAGAAUCACUAUCAGGAUCUGGUUGUCCGAUAUGGCCUGGAGAUUUUGAGUUACUAUAUAAGUAUGAAACAUAUAAUAACAGCUACAAAGAAUCACUAUCAGGAUCUGGUUGUCCGAUAUGGCCUGGAGAUUUUGAGUUACUAUAUAAGUAUGAAACAUAUAAUAACAGCUACAAAGAAUCACUAUCAGGAUCUGGUUGUCCGAUAUGGCCUGGAGAUUUUGAGUUACUAUAUAAGUAUGAAACAUAUAAUAACAGCUACAAAGAAUCACUAUCAGGAUCUGGUUGUCCGAUAUGGCCUGGAGAUUUUGAGUUACUAUAUAAGUAUGAAACAUAUAAUAACAGCUACAAAGAAUCACUAUCAGGAUCUGGUUGUCCGAUAUGGCCUGGAGAUUUUGAGUUACUAUAUAAGUAUGAAACAUAUAAUAACAGCUACAAAGAAUCACUAUCAGGAUCUGGUUGUCCGAUAUGGCCUGGAGAUUUUGAGUUACUAUAUAAGUAUGAAACAUAUAAUAACAGCUACAAAGAAUCACUAUCAGGAUCUGGUUGUCCGAUAUGGCCUGGAGAUUUUGAGUUACUAUAUAAGUAUGAAACAUAUAAUAACAGCUACAAAGAAUCACUAUCAGGAUCUGGUUGUCCGAUAUGGCCUGGAGAUUUUGAGUUACUAUAUAAGUAUGAAACAUAUAAUAACAGCUACAAAGAAUCACUAUCAGGAUCUGGUUGUCCGAUAUGGCCUGGAGAUUUUGAGUUACUAUAUAAGUAUGAAACAUAUAAUAACAGCUACAAAGAAUCACUAUCAGGAUCUGGUUGUCCGAUAUGGCCUGGAGAUUUUGAGUUACUAUAUAAGUAUGAAACAUAUAAUGACAGCUACAAAGAAUCACUAUCAGGAUCUGGUUGUCCGAUAUGGCCUGGAGAUUUUGAGUUACUAUAUAAGUAUGAAACAUAUAAUAACAGCUACAAAGAAUCACUAUCAGGAUCUGGUUGUCCGAUAUGGCCUGGAGAUUUUGAGUUACUAUAUAAGUAUGAAACAUAUAAUAACAGCUACAAAGAAUCACUAUCAGGAUCUGGUUGUCCGAUAUGGCCUGGAGAUUUUGAGUUACUAUAUAAGUAUGAAACAUAUAAUAACAGCUACAAAGAAUCACUAUCAGGAUCUGGUUGUCCGAUAUGGCCUGGAGAUUUUGAGUUACUAUAUAAGUAUGAAACAUAUAAUAACAGCUACAAAGAAUCACUAUCAGGAUCUGGUUGUCCGAUAUGGCCUGGAGAUUUUGAGUUACUAUAUAAGUAUGAAACAUAUAAUAACAGCUACAAAGAAUCACUAUCAGGAUCUGGUUGUCCGAUAUGGCCUGGAGAUUUUGAGUUACUAUAUAAGUAUGAAACAUAUAAUAACAGCUACAAAGAAUCACUAUCAGGAUCUGGUUGUCCGAUAUGGCCUGGAGAUUUUGAGUUACUAUAUAAGUAUGAAACAUAUAAUAACAGCUACAAAGAAUCACUAUCAGGAUCUGGUUGUCCGAUAUGGCCUGGAGAUUUUGAGUUACUAUAUAAGUAUGAAACAUAUAAUAACAGCUACAAAGAAUCACUAUCAGGAUCUGGUUGUCCGAUAUGGCCUGGAGAUUUUGAGUUACUAUAUAAGUAUGAAACAUAUAAUAACAGCUACAAAGAAUCACUAUCAGGAUCUGGUUGUCCGAUAUGGCCUGGAGAUUUUGAGUUACUAUAUAAGUAUGAAACAUAUAAUAACAGCUACAAAGAAUCACUAUCAGGAUCUGGUUGUCCGAUAUGGCCUGGAGAUUUUGAGUUACUAUAUAAGUAUGAAACAUAUAAUAACAGCUACAAAGAAUCACUAUCAGGAUCUGGUUGUCCGAUAUGGCCUGGAGAUUUUGAGUUACUAUAUAAGUAUGAAACAUAUAAUAACAGCUACAAAGAAUCACUAUCAGGAUCUGGUUGUCCGAUAUGGCCUGGAGAUUUUGAGUUACUAUAUAAGUAUGAAACAUAUAAUAACAGCUACAAAGAAUCACUAUCAGGAUCUGGUUGUCCGAUAUGGCCUGGAGAUUUUGAGUUACUAUAUAAGUAUGAAACAUAUAAUGACAGCUACAAAGAAUCACUAUCAGGAUCUGGUUGUCCGAUAUGGCCUGGAGAUUUUGAGUUACUAUAUAAGUAUGAAACAUAUAAUGACAGCUACAAAGAAUCACUAUCAGGAUCUGGUUGUCCGAUAUGGCCUGGAGAUUUUGAGUUACUAUAUAAGUAUGAAACAUAUAAUAACAGCUACAAAGAAUCACUAUCAGGAUCUGGUUGUCCGAUAUGGCCUGGAGAUUUUGAGUUACUAUAUAAGUAUGAAACAUAUAAUAACAGCUACAAAGAAUCACUAUCAGGAUCUGGUUGUCCGAUAUGGCCUGGAGAUUUUGAGUUACUAUAUAAGUAUGAAACAUAUAAUAACAGCUACAAAGAAUCACUAUCAGGAUCUGGUUGUCCGAUAUGGCCUGGAGAUUUUGAGUUACUAUAUAAGUAUGAAACAUAUAAUAACAGCUACAAAGAAUCACUAUCAGGAUCUGGUUGUCCGAUAUGGCCUGGAGAUUUUGAGUUACUAUAUAAGUAUGAAACAUAUAAUAACAGCUACAAAGAAUCACUAUCAGGAUCUGGUUGUCCGAUAUGGCCUGGAGAUUUUGAGUUACUAUAUAAGUAUGAAACAUAUAAUAACAGCUACAAAGAAUCACUAUCAGGAUCUGGUUGUCCGAUAUGGCCUGGAGAUUUUGAGUUACUAUAUAAGUAUGAAACAUAUAAUAACAGCUACAAAGAAUCACUAUCAGGAUCUGGUUGUCCGAUAUGGCCUGGAGAUUUUGAGUUACUAUAUAAGUAUGAAACAUAUAAUAACAGCUACAAAGAAUCACUAUCAGGAUCUGGUUGUCCGAUAUGGCCUGGAGAUUUUGAGUUACUAUAUAAGUAUGAAACAUAUAAUAACAGCUACAAAGAAUCACUAUCAGGAUCUGGUUGUCCGAUAUGGCCUGGAGAUUUUGAGUUACUAUAUAAGUAUGAAACAUAUAAUAACAGCUACAAAGAAUCACUAUCAGGAUCUGGUUGUCCGAUAUGGCCUGGAGAUUUUGAGUUACUAUAUAAGUAUGAAACAUAUAAUAACAGCUACAAAGAAUCACUAUCAGGAUCUGGUUGUCCGAUAUGGCCUGGAGAUUUUGAGUUACUAUAUAAGUAUGAAACAUAUAAUGACAGCUACAAAGAAUCACUAUCAGGAUCUGGUUGUCCGAUAUGGCCUGGAGAUUUUGAGUUACUAUAUAAGUAUGAAACAUAUAAUGACAGCUACAAAGAAUCACUAUCAGGAUCUGGUUGUCCGAUAUGGCCUGGAGAUUUUGAGUUACUAUAUAAGUAUGAAACAUAUAAUAACAGCUACAAAGAAUCACUAUCAGGAUCUGGUUGUCCGAUAUGGCCUGGAGAUUUUGAGUUACUAUAUAAGUAUGAAACAUAUAAUAACAGCUACAAAGAAUCACUAUCAGGAUCUGGUUGUCCGAUAUGGCCUGGAGAUUUUGAGUUACUAUAUAAGUAUGAAACAUAUAAUAACAGCUACAAAGAAUCACUAUCAGGAUCUGGUUGUCCGAUAUGGCCUGGAGAUUUUGAGUUACUAUAUAAGUAUGAAACAUAUAAUAACAGCUACAAAGAAUCACUAUCAGGAUCUGGUUGUCCGAUAUGGCCUGGAGAUUUUGAGUUACUAUAUAAGUAUGAAACAUAUAAUAACAGCUACAAAGAAUCACUAUCAGGAUCUGGUUGUCCGAUAUGGCCUGGAGAUUUUGAGUUACUAUAUAAGUAUGAAACAUAUAAUAACAGCUACAAAGAAUCACUAUCAGGAUCUGGUUGUCCGAUAUGGCCUGGAGAUUUUGAGUUACUAUAUAAGUAUGAAACAUAUAAUAACAGCUACAAAGAAUCACUAUCAGGAUCUGGUUGUCCGAUAUGGCCUGGAGAUUUUGAGUUACUAUAUAAGUAUGAAACAUAUAAUAACAGCUACAAAGAAUCACUAUCAGGAUCUGGUUGUCCGAUAUGGCCUGGAGAUUUUGAGUUACUAUAUAAGUAUGAAACAUAUAAUAACAGCUACAAAGAAUCACUAUCAGGAUCUGGUUGUCCGAUAUGGCCUGGAGAUUUUGAGUUACUAUAUAAGUAUGAAACAUAUAAUAACAGCUACAAAGAAUCACUAUCAGGAUCUGGUUGUCCGAUAUGGCCUGGAGAUUUUGAGUUACUAUAUAAGUAUGAAACAUAUAAUAACAGCUACAAAGAAUCACUAUCAGGAUCUGGUUGUCCGAUAUGGCCUGGAGAUUUUGAGUUACUAUAUAAGUAUGAAACAUAUAAUGACAGCUACAAAGAAUCACUAUCAGGAUCUGGUUGUCCGAUAUGGCCUGGAGAUUUUGAGUUACUAUAUAAGUAUGAAACAUAUAAUGACAGCUACAAAGAAUCACUAUCAGGAUCUGGUUGUCCGAUAUGGCCUGGAGAUUUUGAGUUACUAUAUAAGUAUGAAACAUAUAAUGACAGCUACAAAGAAUCACUAUCAGGAUCUGGUUGUCCGAUAUGGCCUGGAGAUUUUGAGUUACUAUAUAAGUAUGAAACAUAUAAUAACAGCUACAAAGAAUCACUAUCAGGAUCUGGUUGUCCGAUAUGGCCUGGAGAUUUUGAGUUACUAUAUAAGUAUGAAACAUAUAAUAACAGCUACAAAGAAUCACUAUCAGGAUCUGGUUGUCCGAUAUGGCCUGGAGAUUUUGAGUUACUAUAUAAGUAUGAAACAUAUAAUAACAGCUACAAAGAAUCACUAUCAGGAUCUGGUUGUCCGAUAUGGCCUGGAGAUUUUGAGUUACUAUAUAAGUAUGAAACAUAUAAUAACAGCUACAAAGAAUCACUAUCAGGAUCUGGUUGUCCGAUAUGGCCUGGAGAUUUUGAGUUACUAUAUAAGUAUGAAACAUAUAAUAACAGCUACAAAGAAUCACUAUCAGGAUCUGGUUGUCCGAUAUGGCCUGGAGAUUUUGAGUUACUAUAUAAGUAUGAAACAUAUAAUAACAGCUACAAAGAAUCACUAUCAGGAUCUGGUUGUCCGAUAUGGCCUGGAGAUUUUGAGUUACUAUAUAAGUAUGAAACAUAUAAUAACAGCUACAAAGAAUCACUAUCAGGAUCUGGUUGUCCGAUAUGGCCUGGAGAUUUUGAGUUACUAUAUAAGUAUGAAACAUAUAAUAACAGCUACAAAGAAUCACUAUCAGGAUCUGGUUGUCCGAUAUGGCCUGGAGAUUUUGAGUUACUAUAUAAGUAUGAAACAUAUAAUAACAGCUACAAAGAAUCACUAUCAGGAUCUGGUUGUCCGAUAUGGCCUGGAGAUUUUGAGUUACUAUAUAAGUAUGAAACAUAUAAUAACAGCUACAAAGAAUCACUAUCAGGAUCUGGUUGUCCGAUAUGGCCUGGAGAUUUUGAGUUACUAUAUAAGUAUGAAACAUAUAAUGACAGCUACAAAGAAUCACUAUCAGGAUCUGGUUGUCCGAUAUGGCCUGGAGAUUUUGAGUUACUAUAUAAGUAUGAAACAUAUAAUGACAGCUACAAAGAAUCACUAUCAGGAUCUGGUUGUCCGAUAUGGCCUGGAGAUUUUGAGUUACUAUAUAAGUAUGAAACAUAUAAUAACAGCUACAAAGAAUCACUAUCAGGAUCUGGUUGUCCGAUAUGGCCUGGAGAUUUUGAGUUACUAUAUAAGUAUGAAACAUAUAAUAACAGCUACAAAGAAUCACUAUCAGGAUCUGGUUGUCCGAUAUGGCCUGGAGAUUUUGAGUUACUAUAUAAGUAUGAAACAUAUAAUAACAGCUACAAAGAAUCACUAUCAGGAUCUGGUUGUCCGAUAUGGCCUGGAGAUUUUGAGUUACUAUAUAAGUAUGAAACAUAUAAUAACAGCUACAAAGAAUCACUAUCAGGAUCUGGUUGUCCGAUAUGGCCUGGAGAUUUUGAGUUACUAUAUAAGUAUGAAACAUAUAAUAACAGCUACAAAGAAUCACUAUCAGGAUCUGGUUGUCCGAUAUGGCCUGGAGAUUUUGAGUUACUAUAUAAGUAUGAAACAUAUAAUAACAGCUACAAAGAAUCACUAUCAGGAUCUGGUUGUCCGAUAUGGCCUGGAGAUUUUGAGUUACUAUAUAAGUAUGAAACAUAUAAUAACAGCUACAAAGAAUCACUAUCAGGAUCUGGUUGUCCGAUAUGGCCUGGAGAUUUUGAGUUACUAUAUAAGUAUGAAACAUAUAAUAACAGCUACAAAGAAUCACUAUCAGGAUCUGGUUGUCCGAUAUGGCCUGGAGAUUUUGAGUUACUAUAUAAGUAUGAAACAUAUAAUAACAGCUACAAAGAAUCACUAUCAGGAUCUGGUUGUCCGAUAUGGCCUGGAGAUUUUGAGUUACUAUAUAAGUAUGAAACAUAUAAUAACAGCUACAAAGAAUCACUAUCAGGAUCUGGUUGUCCGAUAUGGCCUGGAGAUUUUGAGUUACUAUAUAAGUAUGAAACAUAUAAUAACAGCUACAAAGAAUCACUAUCAGGAUCUGGUUGUCCGAUAUGGCCUGGAGAUUUUGAGUUACUAUAUAAGUAUGAAACAUAUAAUAACAGCUACAAAGAAUCACUAUCAGGAUCUGGUUGUCCGAUAUGGCCUGGAGAUUUUGAGUUACUAUAUAAGUAUGAAACAUAUAAUGACAGCUACAAAGAAUCACUAUCAGGAUCUGGUUGUCCGAUAUGGCCUGGAGAUUUUGAGUUACUAUAUAAGUAUGAAACAUAUAAUGACAGCUACAAAGAAUCACUAUCAGGAUCUGGUUGUCCGAUAUGGCCUGGAGAUUUUGAGUUACUAUAUAAGUAUGAAACAUAUAAUAACAGCUACAAAGAAUCACUAUCAGGAUCUGGUUGUCCGAUAUGGCCUGGAGAUUUUGAGUUACUAUAUAAGUAUGAAACAUAUAAUAACAGCUACAAAGAAUCACUAUCAGGAUCUGGUUGUCCGAUAUGGCCUGGAGAUUUUGAGUUACUAUAUAAGUAUGAAACAUAUAAUAACAGCUACAAAGAAUCACUAUCAGGAUCUGGUUGUCCGAUAUGGCCUGGAGAUUUUGAGUUACUAUAUAAGUAUGAAACAUAUAAUAACAGCUACAAAGAAUCACUAUCAGGAUCUGGUUGUCCGAUAUGGCCUGGAGAUUUUGAGUUACUAUAUAAGUAUGAAACAUAUAAUGACAGCUACAAAGAAUCACUAUCAGGAUCUGGUUGUCCGAUAUGGCCUGGAGAUUUUGAGUUACUAUAUAAGUAUGAAACAUAUAAUAACAGCUACAAAGAAUCACUAUCAGGAUCUGGUUGUCCGAUAUGGCCUGGAGAUUUUGAGUUACUAUAUAAGUAUGAAACAUAUAAUAACAGCUACAAAGAAUCACUAUCAGGAUCUGGUUGUCCGAUAUGGCCUGGAGAUUUUGAGUUACUAUAUAAGUAUGAAACAUAUAAUAACAGCUACAAAGAAUCACUAUCAGGAUCUGGUUGUCCGAUAUGGCCUGGAGAUUUUGAGUUACUAUAUAAGUAUGAAACAUAUAAUAACAGCUACAAAGAAUCACUAUCAGGAUCUGGUUGUCCGAUAUGGCCUGGAGAUUUUGAGUUACUAUAUAAGUAUGAAACAUAUAAUAACAGCUACAAAGAAUCACUAUCAGGAUCUGGUUGUCCGAUAUGGCCUGGAGAUUUUGAGUUACUAUAUAAGUAUGAAACAUAUAAUAACAGCUACAAAGAAUCACUAUCAGGAUCUGGUUGUCCGAUAUGGCCUGGAGAUUUUGAGUUACUAUAUAAGUAUGAAACAUAUAAUAACAGCUACAAAGAAUCACUAUCAGGAUCUGGUUGUCCGAUAUGGCCUGGAGAUUUUGAGUUACUAUAUAAGUAUGAAACAUAUAAUAACAGCUACAAAGAAUCACUAUCAGGAUCUGGUUGUCCGAUAUGGCCUGGAGAUUUUGAGUUACUAUAUAAGUAUGAAACAUAUAAUAACAGCUACAAAGAAUCACUAUCAGGAUCUGGUUGUCCGAUAUGGCCUGGAGAUUUUGAGUUACUAUAUAAGUAUGAAACAUAUAAUAACAGCUACAAAGAAUCACUAUCAGGAUCUGGUUGUCCGAUAUGGCCUGGAGAUUUUGAGUUACUAUAUAAGUAUGAAACAUAUAAUAACAGCUACAAAGAAUCACUAUCAGGAUCUGGUUGUCCGAUAUGGCCUGGAGAUUUUGAGUUACUAUAUAAGUAUGAAACAUAUAAUAACAGCUACAAAGAAUCACUAUCAGGAUCUGGUUGUCCGAUAUGGCCUGGAGAUUUUGAGUUACUAUAUAAGUAUGAAACAUAUAAUGACAGCUACAAAGAAUCACUAUCAGGAUCUGGUUGUCCGAUAUGGCCUGGAGAUUUUGAGUUACUAUAUAAGUAUGAAACAUAUAAUGACAGCUACAAAGAAUCACUAUCAGGAUCUGGUUGUCCGAUAUGGCCUGGAGAUUUUGAGUUACUAUAUAAGUAUGAAACAUAUAAUAACAGCUACAAAGAAUCACUAUCAGGAUCUGGUUGUCCGAUAUGGCCUGGAGAUUUUGAGUUACUAUAUAAGUAUGAAACAUAUAAUAACAGCUACAAAGAAUCACUAUCAGGAUCUGGUUGUCCGAUAUGGCCUGGAGAUUUUGAGUUACUAUAUAAGUAUGAAACAUAUAAUAACAGCUACAAAGAAUCACUAUCAGGAUCUGGUUGUCCGAUAUGGCCUGGAGAUUUUGAGUUACUAUAUAAGUAUGAAACAUAUAAUAACAGCUACAAAGAAUCACUAUCAGGAUCUGGUUGUCCGAUAUGGCCUGGAGAUUUUGAGUUACUAUAUAAGUAUGAAACAUAUAAUAACAGCUACAAAGAAUCACUAUCAGGAUCUGGUUGUCCGAUAUGGCCUGGAGAUUUUGAGUUACUAUAUAAGUAUGAAACAUAUAAUAACAGCUACAAAGAAUCACUAUCAGGAUCUGGUUGUCCGAUAUGGCCUGGAGAUUUUGAGUUACUAUAUAAGUAUGAAACAUAUAAUAACAGCUACAAAGAAUCACUAUCAGGAUCUGGUUGUCCGAUAUGGCCUGGAGAUUUUGAGUUACUAUAUAAGUAUGAAACAUAUAAUAACAGCUACAAAGAAUCACUAUCAGGAUCUGGUUGUCCGAUAUGGCCUGGAGAUUUUGAGUUACUAUAUAAGUAUGAAACAUAUAAUAACAGCUACAAAGAAUCACUAUCAGGAUCUGGUUGUCCGAUAUGGCCUGGAGAUUUUGAGUUACUAUAUAAGUAUGAAACAUAUAAUAACAGCUACAAAGAAUCACUAUCAGGAUCUGGUUGUCCGAUAUGGCCUGGAGAUUUUGAGUUACUAUAUAAGUAUGAAACAUAUAAUAACAGCUACAAAGAAUCACUAUCAGGAUCUGGUUGUCCGAUAUGGCCUGGAGAUUUUGAGUUACUAUAUAAGUAUGAAACAUAUAAUAACAGCUACAAAGAAUCACUAUCAGGAUCUGGUUGUCCGAUAUGGCCUGGAGAUUUUGAGUUACUAUAUAAGUAUGAAACAUAUAAUAACAGCUACAAAGAAUCACUAUCAGGAUCUGGUUGUCCGAUAUGGCCUGGAGAUUUUGAGUUACUAUAUAAGUAUGAAACAUAUAAUAACAGCUACAAAGAAUCACUAUCAGGAUCUGGUUGUCCGAUAUGGCCUGGAGAUUUUGAGUUACUAUAUAAGUAUGAAACAUAUAAUAACAGCUACAAAGAAUCACUAUCAGGAUCUGGUUGUCCGAUAUGGCCUGGAGAUUUUGAGUUACUAUAUAAGUAUGAAACAUAUAAUGACAGCUACAAAGAAUCACUAUCAGGAUCUGGUUGUCCGAUAUGGCCUGGAGAUUUUGAGUUACUAUAUAAGUAUGAAACAUAUAAUGACAGCUACAAAGAAUCACUAUCAGGAUCUGGUUGUCCGAUAUGGCCUGGAGAUUUUGAGUUACUAUAUAAGUAUGAAACAUAUAAUAACAGCUACAAAGAAUCACUAUCAGGAUCUGGUUGUCCGAUAUGGCCUGGAGAUUUUGAGUUACUAUAUAAGUAUGAAACAUAUAAUAACAGCUACAAAGAAUCACUAUCAGGAUCUGGUUGUCCGAUAUGGCCUGGAGAUUUUGAGUUACUAUAUAAGUAUGAAACAUAUAAUAACAGCUACAAAGAAUCACUAUCAGGAUCUGGUUGUCCGAUAUGGCCUGGAGAUUUUGAGUUACUAUAUAAGUAUGAAACAUAUAAUAACAGCUACAAAGAAUCACUAUCAGGAUCUGGUUGUCCGAUAUGGCCUGGAGAUUUUGAGUUACUAUAUAAGUAUGAAACAUAUAAUAACAGCUACAAAGAAUCACUAUCAGGAUCUGGUUGUCCGAUAUGGCCUGGAGAUUUUGAGUUACUAUAUAAGUAUGAAACAUAUAAUAACAGCUACAAAGAAUCACUAUCAGGAUCUGGUUGUCCGAUAUGGCCUGGAGAUUUUGAGUUACUAUAUAAGUAUGAAACAUAUAAUAACAGCUACAAAGAAUCACUAUCAGGAUCUGGUUGUCCGAUAUGGCCUGGAGAUUUUGAGUUACUAUAUAAGUAUGAAACAUAUAAUAACAGCUACAAAGAAUCACUAUCAGGAUCUGGUUGUCCGAUAUGGCCUGGAGAUUUUGAGUUACUAUAUAAGUAUGAAACAUAUAAUAACAGCUACAAAGAAUCACUAUCAGGAUCUGGUUGUCCGAUAUGGCCUGGAGAUUUUGAGUUACUAUAUAAGUAUGAAACAUAUAAUAACAGCUACAAAGAAUCACUAUCAGGAUCUGGUUGUCCGAUAUGGCCUGGAGAUUUUGAGUUACUAUAUAAGUAUGAAACAUAUAAUAACAGCUACAAAGAAUCACUAUCAGGAUCUGGUUGUCCGAUAUGGCCUGGAGAUUUUGAGUUACUAUAUAAGUAUGAAACAUAUAAUAACAGCUACAAAGAAUCACUAUCAGGAUCUGGUUGUCCGAUAUGGCCUGGAGAUUUUGAGUUACUAUAUAAGUAUGAAACAUAUAAUAACAGCUACAAAGAAUCACUAUCAGGAUCUGGUUGUCCGAUAUGGCCUGGAGAUUUUGAGUUACUAUAUAAGUAUGAAACAUAUAAUAACAGCUACAAAGAAUCACUAUCAGGAUCUGGUUGUCCGAUAUGGCCUGGAGAUUUUGAGUUACUAUAUAAGUAUGAAACAUAUAAUGACAGCUACAAAGAAUCACUAUCAGGAUCUGGUUGUCCGAUAUGGCCUGGAGAUUUUGAGUUACUAUAUAAGUAUGAAACAUAUAAUGACAGCUACAAAGAAUCACUAUCAGGAUCUGGUUGUCCGAUAUGGCCUGGAGAUUUUGAGUUACUAUAUAAGUAUGAAACAUAUAAUGACAGCUACAAAGAAUCACUAUCAGGAUCUGGUUGUCCGAUAUGGCCUGGAGAUUUUGAGUUACUAUAUAAGUAUGAAACAUAUAAUGACAGCUACAAAGAAUCACUAUCAGGAUCUGGUUGUCCGAUAUGGCCUGGAGAUUUUGAGUUACUAUAUAAGUAUGAAACAUAUAAUGACAGCUACAAAGAAUCACUAUCAGGAUCUGGUUGUCCGAUAUGGCCUGGAGAUUUUGAGUUACUAUAUAAGUAUGAAACAUAUAAUGACAGCUACAAAGAAUCACUAUCAGGAUCUGGUUGUCCGAUAUGGCCUGGAGAUUUUGAGUUACUAUAUAAGUAUGAAACAUAUAAUAACAGCUACAAAGAAUCACUAUCAGGAUCUGGUUGUCCGAUAUGGCCUGGAGAUUUUGAGUUACUAUAUAAGUAUGAAACAUAUAAUAACAGCUACAAAGAAUCACUAUCAGGAUCUGGUUGUCCGAUAUGGCCUGGAGAUUUUGAGUUACUAUAUAAGUAUGAAACAUAUAAUAACAGCUACAAAGAAUCACUAUCAGGAUCUGGUUGUCCGAUAUGGCCUGGAGAUUUUGAGUUACUAUAUAAGUAUGAAACAUAUAAUAACAGCUACAAAGAAUCACUAUCAGGAUCUGGUUGUCCGAUAUGGCCUGGAGAUUUUGAGUUACUAUAUAAGUAUGAAACAUAUAAUAACAGCUACAAAGAAUCACUAUCAGGAUCUGGUUGUCCGAUAUGGCCUGGAGAUUUUGAGUUACUAUAUAAGUAUGAAACAUAUAAUAACAGCUACAAAGAAUCACUAUCAGGAUCUGGUUGUCCGAUAUGGCCUGGAGAUUUUGAGUUACUAUAUAAGUAUGAAACAUAUAAUAACAGCUACAAAGAAUCACUAUCAGGAUCUGGUUGUCCGAUAUGGCCUGGAGAUUUUGAGUUACUAUAUAAGUAUGAAACAUAUAAUAACAGCUACAAAGAAUCACUAUCAGGAUCUGGUUGUCCGAUAUGGCCUGGAGAUUUUGAGUUACUAUAUAAGUAUGAAACAUAUAAUGACAGCUACAAAGAAUCACUAUCAGGAUCUGGUUGUCCGAUAUGGCCUGGAGAUUUUGAGUUACUAUAUAAGUAUGAAACAUAUAAUGACAGCUACAAAGAAUCACUAUCAGGAUCUGGUUGUCCGAUAUGGCCUGGAGAUUUUGAGUUACUAUAUAAGUAUGAAACAUAUAAUAACAGCUACAAAGAAUCACUAUCAGGAUCUGGUUGUCCGAUAUGGCCUGGAGAUUUUGAGUUACUAUAUAAGUAUGAAACAUAUAAUAACAGCUACAAAGAAUCACUAUCAGGAUCUGGUUGUCCGAUAUGGCCUGGAGAUUUUGAGUUACUAUAUAAGUAUGAAACAUAUAAUAACAGCUACAAAGAAUCACUAUCAGGAUCUGGUUGUCCGAUAUGGCCUGGAGAUUUUGAGUUACUAUAUAAGUAUGAAACAUAUAAUAACAGCUACAAAGAAUCACUAUCAGGAUCUGGUUGUCCGAUAUGGCCUGGAGAUUUUGAGUUACUAUAUAAGUAUGAAACAUAUAAUAACAGCUACAAAGAAUCACUAUCAGGAUCUGGUUGUCCGAUAUGGCCUGGAGAUUUUGAGUUACUAUAUAAGUAUGAAACAUAUAAUAACAGCUACAAAGAAUCACUAUCAGGAUCUGGUUGUCCGAUAUGGCCUGGAGAUUUUGAGUUACUAUAUAAGUAUGAAACAUAUAAUAACAGCUACAAAGAAUCACUAUCAGGAUCUGGUUGUCCGAUAUGGCCUGGAGAUUUUGAGUUACUAUAUAAGUAUGAAACAUAUAAUAACAGCUACAAAGAAUCACUAUCAGGAUCUGGUUGUCCGAUAUGGCCUGGAGAUUUUGAGUUACUAUAUAAGUAUGAAACAUAUAAUAACAGCUACAAAGAAUCACUAUCAGGAUCUGGUUGUCCGAUAUGGCCUGGAGAUUUUGAGUUACUAUAUAACUACAAAGAAUCACUAUCAGGAUCUGGUUGUCCGAUAUGGCCUGGAGAUUUUGAGUUACUAUAUAAGUAUGAAACAUAUAAUAACAGCUACAAAGAAUCACUAUCAGGAUCUGGUUGUCCGAUAUGGCCUGGAGAUUUUGAGUUACUAUAUAAGUAUGAAACAUAUAAUAACAGCUACAAAGAAUCACUAUCAGGAUCUGGUUGUCCGAUAUGGCCUGGAGAUUUUGAGUUACUAUAUAAGUAUGAAACAUAUAAUGACAGCUACAAAGAAUCACUAUCAGGAUCUGGUUGUCCGAUAUGGCCUGGAGAUUUUGAGUUACUAUAUAAGUAUGAAACAUAUAAUGACAGCUACAAAGAAUCACUAUCAGGAUCUGGUUGUCCGAUAUGGCCUGGAGAUUUUGAGUUACUAUAUAAGUAUGAAACAUAUAAUGACAGCUACAAAGAAUCACUAUCAGGAUCUGGUUGUCCGAUAUGGCCUGGAGAUUUUGAGUUACUAUAUAAGUAUGAAACAUAUAAUGACAGCUACAAAGAAUCACUAUCAGGAUCUGGUUGUCCGAUAUGGCCUGGAGAUUUUGAGUUACUAUAUAAGUAUGAAACAUAUAAUAACAGCUACAAAGAAUCACUAUCAGGAUCUGGUUGUCCGAUAUGGCCUGGAGAUUUUGAGUUACUAUAUAAGUAUGAAACAUAUAAUAACAGCUACAAAGAAUCACUAUCAGGAUCUGGUUGUCCGAUAUGGCCUGGAGAUUUUGAGUUACUAUAUAAGUAUGAAACAUAUAAUAACAGCUACAAAGAAUCACUAUCAGGAUCUGGUUGUCCGAUAUGGCCUGGAGAUUUUGAGUUACUAUAUAAGUAUGAAACAUAUAAUAACAGCUACAAAGAAUCACUAUCAGGAUCUGGUUGUCCGAUAUGGCCUGGAGAUUUUGAGUUACUAUAUAAGUAUGAAACAUAUAAUAACAGCUACAAAGAAUCACUAUCAGGAUCUGGUUGUCCGAUAUGGCCUGGAGAUUUUGAGUUACUAUAUAAGUAUGAAACAUAUAAUAACAGCUACAAAGAAUCACUAUCAGGAUCUGGUUGUCCGAUAUGGCCUGGAGAUUUUGAGUUACUAUAUAAGUAUGAAACAUAUAAUAACAGCUACAAAGAAUCACUAUCAGGAUCUGGUUGUCCGAUAUGGCCUGGAGAUUUUGAGUUACUAUAUAAGUAUGAAACAUAUAAUGACAGCUACAAAGAAUCACUAUCAGGAUCUGGUUGUCCGAUAUGGCCUGGAGAUUUUGAGUUACUAUAUAAGUAUGAAACAUAUAAUGACAGCUACAAAGAAUCACUAUCAGGAUCUGGUUGUCCGAUAUGGCCUGGAGAUUUUGAGUUACUAUAUAAGUAUGAAACAUAUAAUGACAGCUACAAAGAAUCACUAUCAGGAUCUGGUUGUCCGAUAUGGCCUGGAGAUUUUGAGUUACUAUAUAAGUAUGAAACAUAUAAUAACAGCUACAAAGAAUCACUAUCAGGAUCUGGUUGUCCGAUAUGGCCUGGAGAUUUUGAGUUACUAUAUAAGUAUGAAACAUAUAAUAACAGCUACAAAGAAUCACUAUCAGGAUCUGGUUGUCCGAUAUGGCCUGGAGAUUUUGAGUUACUAUAUAAGUAUGAAACAUAUAAUAACAGCUACAAAGAAUCACUAUCAGGAUCUGGUUGUCCGAUAUGGCCUGGAGAUUUUGAGUUACUAUAUAAGUAUGAAACAUAUAAUAACAGCUACAAAGAAUCACUAUCAGGAUCUGGUUGUCCGAUAUGGCCUGGAGAUUUUGAGUUACUAUAUAAGUAUGAAACAUAUAAUAACAGCUACAAAGAAUCACUAUCAGGAUCUGGUUGUCCGAUAUGGCCUGGAGAUUUUGAGUUACUAUAUAAGUAUGAAACAUAUAAUAACAGCUACAAAGAAUCACUAUCAGGAUCUGGUUGUCCGAUAUGGCCUGGAGAUUUUGAGUUACUAUAUAAGUAUGAAACAUAUAAUAACAGCUACAAAGAAUCACUAUCAGGAUCUGGUUGUCCGAUAUGGCCUGGAGAUUUUGAGUUACUAUAUAAGUAUGAAACAUAUAAUAACAGCUACAAAGAAUCACUAUCAGGAUCUGGUUGUCCGAUAUGGCCUGGAGAUUUUGAGUUACUAUAUAAGUAUGAAACAUAUAAUAACAGCUACAAAGAAUCACUAUCAGGAUCUGGUUGUCCGAUAUGGCCUGGAGAUUUUGAGUUACUAUAUAAGUAUGAAACAUAUAAUAACAGCUACAAAGAAUCACUAUCAGGAUCUGGUUGUCCGAUAUGGCCUGGAGAUUUUGAGUUACUAUAUAAGUAUGAAACAUAUAAUAACAGCUACAAAGAAUCACUAUCAGGAUCUGGUUGUCCGAUAUGGCCUGGAGAUUUUGAGUUACUAUAUAAGUAUGAAACAUAUAAUGACAGCUACAAAGAAUCACUAUCAGGAUCUGGUUGUCCGAUAUGGCCUGGAGAUUUUGAGUUACUAUAUAAGUAUGAAACAUAUAAUGACAGCUACAAAGAAUCACUAUCAGGAUCUGGUUGUCCGAUAUGGCCUGGAGAUUUUGAGUUACUAUAUAAGUAUGAAACAUAUAAUGACAGCUACAAAGAAUCACUAUCAGGAUCUGGUUGUCCGAUAUGGCCUGGAGAUUUUGAGUUACUAUAUAAGUAUGAAACAUAUAAUAACAGCUACAAAGAAUCACUAUCAGGAUCUGGUUGUCCGAUAUGGCCUGGAGAUUUUGAGUUACUAUAUAAGUAUGAAACAUAUAAUAACAGCUACAAAGAAUCACUAUCAGGAUCUGGUUGUCCGAUAUGGCCUGGAGAUUUUGAGUUACUAUAUAAGUAUGAAACAUAUAAUAACAGCUACAAAGAAUCACUAUCAGGAUCUGGUUGUCCGAUAUGGCCUGGAGAUUUUGAGUUACUAUAUAAGUAUGAAACAUAUAAUAACAGCUACAAAGAAUCACUAUCAGGAUCUGGUUGUCCGAUAUGGCCUGGAGAUUUUGAGUUACUAUAUAAGUAUGAAACAUAUAAUAACAGCUACAAAGAAUCACUAUCAGGAUCUGGUUGUCCGAUAUGGCCUGGAGAUUUUGAGUUACUAUAUAAGUAUGAAACAUAUAAUAACAGCUACAAAGAAUCACUAUCAGGAUCUGGUUGUCCGAUAUGGCCUGGAGAUUUUGAGUUACUAUAUAAGUAUGAAACAUAUAAUAACAGCUACAAAGAAUCACUAUCAGGAUCUGGUUGUCCGAUAUGGCCUGGAGAUUUUGAGUUACUAUAUAAGUAUGAAACAUAUAAUAACAGCUACAAAGAAUCACUAUCAGGAUCUGGUUGUCCGAUAUGGCCUGGAGAUUUUGAGUUACUAUAUAAGUAUGAAACAUAUAAUAACAGCUACAAAGAAUCACUAUCAGGAUCUGGUUGUCCGAUAUGGCCUGGAGAUUUUGAGUUACUAUAUAAGUAUGAAACAUAUAAUAACAGCUACAAAGAAUCACUAUCAGGAUCUGGUUGUCCGAUAUGGCCUGGAGAUUUUGAGUUACUAUAUAAGUAUGAAACAUAUAAUGACAGCUACAAAGAAUCACUAUCAGGAUCUGGUUGUCCGAUAUGGCCUGGAGAUUUUGAGUUACUAUAUAAGUAUGAAACAUAUAAUGACAGCUACAAAGAAUCACUAUCAGGAUCUGGUUGUCCGAUAUGGCCUGGAGAUUUUGAGUUACUAUAUAAGUAUGAAACAUAUAAUGACAGCUACAAAGAAUCACUAUCAGGAUCUGGUUGUCCGAUAUGGCCUGGAGAUUUUGAGUUACUAUAUAAGUAUGAAACAUAUAAUAACAGCUACAAAGAAUCACUAUCAGGAUCUGGUUGUCCGAUAUGGCCUGGAGAUUUUGAGUUACUAUAUAAGUAUGAAACAUAUAAUAACAGCUACAAAGAAUCACUAUCAGGAUCUGGUUGUCCGAUAUGGCCUGGAGAUUUUGAGUUACUAUAUAAGUAUGAAACAUAUAAUAACAGCUACAAAGAAUCACUAUCAGGAUCUGGUUGUCCGAUAUGGCCUGGAGAUUUUGAGUUACUAUAUAAGUAUGAAACAUAUAAUAACAGCUACAAAGAAUCACUAUCAGGAUCUGGUUGUCCGAUAUGGCCUGGAGAUUUUGAGUUACUAUAUAAGUAUGAAACAUAUAAUAACAGCUACAAAGAAUCACUAUCAGGAUCUGGUUGUCCGAUAUGGCCUGGAGAUUUUGAGUUACUAUAUAAGUAUGAAACAUAUAAUAACAGCUACAAAGAAUCACUAUCAGGAUCUGGUUGUCCGAUAUGGCCUGGAGAUUUUGAGUUACUAUAUAAGUAUGAAACAUAUAAUAACAGCUACAAAGAAUCACUAUCAGGAUCUGGUUGUCCGAUAUGGCCUGGAGAUUUUGAGUUACUAUAUAAGUAUGAAACAUAUAAUAACAGCUACAAAGAAUCACUAUCAGGAUCUGGUUGUCCGAUAUGGCCUGGAGAUUUUGAGUUACUAUAUAAGUAUGAAACAUAUAAUAACAGCUACAAAGAAUCACUAUCAGGAUCUGGUUGUCCGAUAUGGCCUGGAGAUUUUGAGUUACUAUAUAAGUAUGAAACAUAUAAUAACAGCUACAAAGAAUCACUAUCAGGAUCUGGUUGUCCGAUAUGGCCUGGAGAUUUUGAGUUACUAUAUAAGUAUGAAACAUAUAAUAACAGCUACAAAGAAUCACUAUCAGGAUCUGGUUGUCCGAUAUGGCCUGGAGAUUUUGAGUUACUAUAUAAGUAUGAAACAUAUAAUGACAGCUACAAAGAAUCACUAUCAGGAUCUGGUUGUCCGAUAUGGCCUGGAGAUUUUGAGUUACUAUAUAAGUAUGAAACAUAUAAUGACAGCUACAAAGAAUCACUAUCAGGAUCUGGUUGUCCGAUAUGGCCUGGAGAUUUUGAGUUACUAUAUAAGUAUGAAACAUAUAAUGACAGCUACAAAGAAUCACUAUCAGGAUCUGGUUGUCCGAUAUGGCCUGGAGAUUUUGAGUUACUAUAUAAGUAUGAAACAUAUAAUAACAGCUACAAAGAAUCACUAUCAGGAUCUGGUUGUCCGAUAUGGCCUGGAGAUUUUGAGUUACUAUAUAAGUAUGAAACAUAUAAUAACAGCUACAAAGAAUCACUAUCAGGAUCUGGUUGUCCGAUAUGGCCUGGAGAUUUUGAGUUACUAUAUAAGUAUGAAACAUAUAAUAACAGCUACAAAGAAUCACUAUCAGGAUCUGGUUGUCCGAUAUGGCCUGGAGAUUUUGAGUUACUAUAUAAGUAUGAAACAUAUAAUAACAGCUACAAAGAAUCACUAUCAGGAUCUGGUUGUCCGAUAUGGCCUGGAGAUUUUGAGUUACUAUAUAAGUAUGAAACAUAUAAUAACAGCUACAAAGAAUCACUAUCAGGAUCUGGUUGUCCGAUAUGGCCUGGAGAUUUUGAGUUACUAUAUAAGUAUGAAACAUAUAAUAACAGCUACAAAGAAUCACUAUCAGGAUCUGGUUGUCCGAUAUGGCCUGGAGAUUUUGAGUUACUAUAUAAGUAUGAAACAUAUAAUAACAGCUACAAAGAAUCACUAUCAGGAUCUGGUUGUCCGAUAUGGCCUGGAGAUUUUGAGUUACUAUAUAAGUAUGAAACAUAUAAUAACAGCUACAAAGAAUCACUAUCAGGAUCUGGUUGUCCGAUAUGGCCUGGAGAUUUUGAGUUACUAUAUAAGUAUGAAACAUAUAAUAACAGCUACAAAGAAUCACUAUCAGGAUCUGGUUGUCCGAUAUGGCCUGGAGAUUUUGAGUUACUAUAUAAGUAUGAAACAUAUAAUAACAGCUACAAAGAAUCACUAUCAGGAUCUGGUUGUCCGAUAUGGCCUGGAGAUUUUGAGUUACUAUAUAAGUAUGAAACAUAUAAUAACAGCUACAAAGAAUCACUAUCAGGAUCUGGUUGUCCGAUAUGGCCUGGAGAUUUUGAGUUACUAUAUAAUACUACAUGGUUCUGA